CUUUCAAGUAACUCGGAUACAUGAAGAAAAUUUUACGGAAAAUUUUGAAUUUUGGCGAACUAAAACGAGCAGCAGCAAAUUGUAUCUUCAAUCGCAUUAUUUCUUCAGCAUCGGGCCAAUCAGCAGUGAAGUAUUUUGCCAGAGCAGAUGUACUGUAUAGUCCAGUCCAGGCUAAAAUGGUGCAGAACAUUACAAACGCCAGUGGAGAAUACCGUCACAUUAUUCAGAGGAAGAAACAGGAGAAAGACCAGGUCAGCAAAGAACUGACCAUUAACACACAAAAUCCACCCUCCAAAAGAACAGCCAUGGAUAUGAUCAGCCACCUAGCUAAAAGACAGAGGCAAGACCAUGUUGAAAAACUUGACAGUGUACAGACUGGUGGGAACAAGGAAUGAACAUCAGAAAAAGCCAUUUGAUAUAAACAAAUAGAAAAAUUAAGUAAUCUAACUCAUUUUUCAAAGGCAUCAUAUGAUUUCAAGAUUCAAUUAGUUUACCAUUGGUUUGAGAUUGAUGCCAUCAAUGUAUAAAGUGUACAUCACCUUAGUUAGUUAGUUACAAGUUUAUCAAGUGUUUGAACAAUUGUUAAAUAUUGAAAUAAUUAGAUGUUCCUUUAUUCUUUAUCUAGUCAUUUAUUGAUAACGCAAGUGUUGGAAGUGUUCAGCCUCUGGACUAGUCAUUCAUUUAAUUAGAUCAAUGUGCUAUCGAUGUUGUUAUCUUGUGUACAUAACCUAAGGACAAAAUGUAUGUUACAAGUUUAUCAAUUGUUUUAACUGUUGUUGUUUUGUAUUGAAAUACUCAAAUGUUCCUUGUCUUCUUGUUAACAACUGAAAGUCAUUUCUUGAUAUCACAAGCGUUCAUCUCUUUUGACUAGUGUUGCUUUGAAUUACAACUAUGUGCAAUCAAUGAAUGCAGUGUACAUAACCCUUGUACAUUUCAAAAAAAGUCAAUGGGUUUAACUAUUUCGUUUUGUUUUG